UCUUGGAAUGUUUUUGUUUAAUUAUUUUCUUAUUUUACAUGAAACUUUCUUGGUAGAUCUUUAUUCCUUAAUUUGGCUUUCUUCAACUUAUUAUGCCGAUUUUCUCUCUCCUCUCUUUAUAUAUUCUCAAAUACACUCAGUCUCUGAAAAGAACUACCUAGUUCAAAAACGAAAACCAAGUAAUCUCAACCUCCUUAGGGUCAUCAUCCCCGGCAAAGUUCCAUCAGCUUUAGUGUGUCAUCCCGGUCCGCUAUGCCUAGAGAUUCUUCUACGUAUGGACACAGCUCGACUCGUCGUGAUAGAAGAGCCGUGGUGAAUGAUAAAGCGCAUAGCAGUUCAUCCCGAACCUAUAGCGAAAAAGUGAAUUCGGUUUUAGCAUCCACGGGAGGCUCCAUCGUUCGGAGUGAAAAAGCGCAUAGCAGUUCAUCCCGAACCUUUAGCGAAGUAGUGGAUUGGCUUUUAGAAUCCACGGGAGGCUCCAUCCUUCGGAGUGAAAAACCGGUUUCACACAGACAUACGGUGUCUUUGCUUUUGGCAUCCCAAGUCUCCAACUCCACCUCAAACCGUUUAGCAUCCACAGGAGGCAUCUCUAGUUAUAACUACGAAAGGAGAGUGAGUUCCGCAAUUCGGAGUGAAAUUGCGUAUUCAAUAUCGCAAUACGUCAGUAACCAACAGCUGUUGGAUCUUAUGAUUAGGAGUGUAGAAUCGCGUAACUAUUCUCUGUAUGCCACGAGGCCAUCCCAACGUUAUUACUAGCUACAAAAGGCCAACUUCGAGCAUGGAGCAAAAAGUAUAUGAAUAAAAAACAAGGAAACAAUAAAAGAAGAAGCAAAACUUCUUCGUCCUCCAUUGCCGCGUGUGAAUGAUGUGUUGAUUUGUGUGGGUUUUUUUGUUUAUUUUAUUGUUUGUCCGUGAUCAGUUUGGACUAGGUAAUGCAUCAAGUGCUUUCCAUACUCGCCCAUUGAGUUUAUUAAUUUGUGCUGAUUGAAGAGGUGUUGAUUCUUCAUUCUUCAAUCCUAUCCACUUGUAUUGUCGUAUUUUUAAUAAAAUUUAAAUUAAUUUUCCUAUUUCA